AUGGGGUUUGGUCAUGUAUCUUCCAUUGACGAUUAUAGGAUCGGAUUAUUGAUAUGCGAAGAAGACUUGUGCUAUGUGUAUAUUUUUUCCUUGAAGGUUAUGGAAUGGAAAACAAUGGCUAGUGUAAAUCUUGUGGAUUUUAAGUUCAGAAUUGCUCGGCCAAUUGAGGCAGUGUUGGUUGAUGAUACUCUAUACUGGCCUCCCCGAGUUCCUGCGCUUGUGGAUGAGGGAAACCACAUAGUUGGAUUGAAUUUAGUUGAUGGGAAAUUGAAAAAAUUUCCAUUGAUGAAUUUGCUUAUUGGUUAUGGUGAUGAGGUUCGAGUGUUUCAGAUGAAAGGGUGCUUGUCAUUGUGUUGUUCCAAGGAUGGUGAUUAUUCUAGUAAAGUUUUUGAUGUUUGGAUGUUGAAGCAACAUAGUGACUGGAGUUCUUGGGAAAAAAAAUUCUCUUUCCAUGUUAGAGCGGGAUUUUUGGUUAGGUCAUUUGAGACAGGUAAGUUUUUGGUAAGACUAGACUCAGAUCAUCUUAUGAUAUAUGAUCCUAGUCAAGUAGCUCCAGAACACUAUGAAGAAGGUACUGAUAUUUGGCAAGGAUCUAAGGAACAAAUUUACUCAAAGGGAUAUUUGAAAGAGGCUUGGGGUUAUGCUGAGAGUCUUAUUUCGCCUUUUGGAACAACUGUGUCUGAUGACAAUGAAGAAGAUGACUGA